AUGGCAGUCUUCGGUAGCAAGAGCAGUUCCUUUUACAAGAAGGAACGGCAGCGGAUCGCCGCCAUUAUAGAAGAGCCUCUCUUAAUACAAGUUGUCCAGCAUUUGCCCCACCUUCAAUUGACAGUAGAAGAGCAGGAGUCCAAAUGGGAGAUUGUGGCCAUAAACGUCAACAACUACCAGUUCACCAAGGCAUUCGAACAGGAGAAUGCCAAGGAACACAUCGAGUUUCCCACCUUGAAUGGACUCUAUCUCAAGGAGAUGUUUGAGGGCUUGGAACAGAACUUCAAGCGCCAGAUGGACAUUAGAGACCGGGAACGGAUGUUUCCCAACAGCAGUGAGACUGACGCCAUUCAGUACUGCAACACUCGCUCCGAGUUCUUGUUGUACGAGCUCCAUCGUUUGAAGGGCUACGACGCCAAGGUGCUAGCAGAUCUAGGCAAGGAGCAGUACGAGAAGGAACAGAGAGCUCGCUUUGAGAAGUCGCUCCAGGCCCCUCAAGGAGGCGACUACGAGGUGGACGAGGACACCAAGAAGCUUAUCGACGAAUUCAAGGAUGCCCUGGAAAAGAUCCGGUUGGAGGCCUACGAGAAAGAGUUGACCAAGAAGAAGAAGCGGGUGGACCAGUUGAUGAGCGAAAACAAACGGUUGCUCGAGUUGAACCACGACUUGUUGGGAGGAAAGUUCCACGACCGCGAGUAG